AUGUCACUUGAAGACGACGAAGCCCUUUUCGAAGAUUUAUAUGGAGACGACGAGAAGCAAGAGGAAAAGCAGGAUACAGUCCAAAAAGAGGUAGAAUCCACAGAAAAGGAAACUACUGUUGUCGAAACAGCUUCUGCUACUGAAAAUGCUAGUUCUGCUGAAGUGGAAACCACAACUGAAGGUGAAUCAGAAUCUGUCCCACCUCCACCUCCACCGCCAAUUCCAGCUAGUGGAGAUGUGAAUGCUCAAUCUAAUACAGCUCAAGAUAACGCUACAUCAACUGCACCAGGAUCAGUUCCAGCUGGAAUGCCUCAAUUUCCUUUCGAUCCUGCUCAAUUCCAACAAUAUGCUGCUGCAAAUGGUCUCCAAUUUCCAGGAAACGCUAAUCAACAAAAUUUUGGUGCAGCUGGAGGAGUCCCACCACCGCCACCACCAGCACCUACUGCUAACGCUACAUCUGCAGAGUCGGCUGGAGGACCUUCAAGAAAAUGUUUUAUUGGUGGUCUUUCCUGGGAUACCACCGAAGAAGCAUUGGUAUCUCAUUUCCAAAAAUAUGGUAAUAUUGUCGAUUACACGAUUAUGAAAGAUAGUGCAACAGGCCGUUCCCGUGGGUUUGGAUUUUUGACAUUUGAGGAUGCUAAAUCCGUGGAUGCCUUGCUCAAGGACAGACACGUUUUAGAUGGGAAAUUGAUUGACCCCAAGAGAGCUAUUUCAAAAGAAGACCAAGAAAAGGUUGGUAAGAUAUUUGUUGGUGGUAUUGAUCCUAUGGUUACUGAAGAAGAAUUUGACAAUUUCUUUUCACAAUUUGGGAAAAUUAUUGAUUGUCAAUUGAUGAUUGACAAAGAUACUGGAAGAUCCCGUGGGUUUGGAUUUGUCACCUAUGAUUCUCCUGCUGCUGUUGACAAGGUUUGUGUUAAUAAAUAUUUAACAUUAAAGGGUAAAGCCAUGGAAGUUAAACGUGCUGCUCCAAGAGGACAACAUAAUCAACAAGUUAUGAUGCAACAGCAACAACAACAGCAGCAGCAACAAGCACAACAGCAAGCACAACAACAGGCCAUGUAUCCAUAUGGUUCUUAUGGAUUCCAACAAAUGAAUCCUGGUGCUAUGAACCCUGCUAUGAGUCAAGAGUAUAUGAGAUACUAUCAAUGGUUUAUGUAUCAACAAGCCCAAGCUGCUCAACAACAGCAGCAACUGGGAACUCUGGCAUCUCCAGAAGCACAGCCAGCACAGCCAUUGAAUCCACAACAACAAGCUGCAGAAGAAGAGUCUGAAAAAUCCGACGAACAAGCUAGACCUGCCAUUCCAACUGGUCCAAAGAGAGCUCCACCAACCGGCCCCUCUUAUAGAGGUGGUGGCAGAGGCGGUGGAAGAGGUGGUUAUAGAAGAGGCAGAGGCUACCAUCCAUAUAGCAGAGGCGGACGCAGAUAA